AUGCACUUGCAAGCAAACGAGCUAGCCAGUGAAAAUUCAGUCACCGAAACCGUUGCCUCUCAUAAAUUGACCCAGUCGUCUAUUGGAGUCAGCUCCAAAUUGAGGAAAUCGCUGUAUGAGGAUGUCCGCUUCCUUGAGCACCCCCACCACAACUUGCAAGUGAUCGUCGAGCUGGCCAACAUCGAGCUCACCCCAGACAACCCUGACUACGAAGGUGGUAGCUGGCAUAUCGAGGGACAACUAGCAAGCGGCCCUGUUCAGAAUGAACGCAUCGCUGUAUCAGCUAUUUACUACUAUGACAGCGAGAACAUCAUCCUCAGCUCCCUUGCCUUCCGCCACCGCGGCGUCGAUGGCUGGACCAACGACCUGAUGACACAAGAUUUGGGCAGCGUGGCUUCCGAGGAAGGCCGGGCCAUCGCAAAAUUCUGGCGCUGUUCCUCGUUGAUCCUCAUAUGCGGGUUAUCUCGUCCGCCAAUGUUCCCCCGCAAAGGGAAGACUGGUGCCGAACAGAGCUUGGUCAAGACCAAGGCCAAACUCCAGCCCAGCAUUCAAAGACGGCGGAUAUGGCCCAGGCAAAAGCCUACCGGUUUGAGUUGA